AUGGAUUAUGCAAAAAACUUUCCGCUUUCCAGUGAAUUUUUUUCGUUUUUGACUUUAUUAAAGAACUCUUGUAAUGGAGACUUGUUAGAAAUAACUUUUAAAGAUAUGGGUAUUAUAAUAACAAGAGACAUUCAUAAAUGUUUUAAAGGUCACAAAAAACGAAAAAGACUACAAAAUCACACUAUUAAAGAAAUGUACGUUGAUAUUAGUGGUGAAUCUGUAUAUAAUGAAAUGCAAGCAAAAAUUCGGGAACAGGAUGGAACUAUUAAAAUGUUAAGAGAUGAAAUUGAAAAGGUUAAACAUAAUAAAAUAAUGGAAGUUUUUGUUGAACGUUCUGUACAAAGCUUUUCAAGCUUAAAAUUAUUCAAUAAUGAUUAUUCUGUACUAGUAGUCGACAAUAAUGAAUCAUGGAAUGACUCGAUGAUUUAG